CGAAUUAGAGGUACUGCAUUCGUUCGUAAAUAUUUGAUUAUUUAUUAAUUUCAUUAUUUGAACACUGUGUUAAACUCUGCAGAAAUAGAGGUAACAUAAAGUCUCGCGAUAUACACAUAAAAUCGCGAGACCUUGUUGCUCCGGCUGUCAGUGCUGCAAAUUGGAAGUUGAACUUGCGUGCAGGAUCGCAGAACCAUGCCUGAACAGAGCGGUAAGGUCCAGACGGUGCUGGGUCUAAUAGAGCCCGAUCAGCUGGGCCGCACCAUGACCCACGAACACCUUACGAUGACGUUUGAGUGCAGCCAUGUUCCCCCAGCACCUGGAGACGAGGGCCUUGCUGCAGCUUCCAUUGCGAUGAAGCAUCUACACUGGUUGCAGCAGAAUCCGUACAGCCACCAUGAGAACUUGCUGUUGAAUCAAGAGAUCGAGGCGGUGAAGGAAGAGCUGUUGUGUUACCGUAAAGCAGGAGGAGGAUCCAUAGUGGAGAACACCACCACGGGCAUCACCCGAAAUCUGCCCGUUCUGCGGCAGCUGGCUAAAGAGACGGGUGUGCAUAUCAUAGCUGGAGCGGGGUACUAUGUGGACGUGACCCACUCUGAUGAGACAAGAAAAAUGACCGUUGAGAAGCUAACUGAUAUCAUUGUCAAUGAGGUGCUCCAUGGCGCAGACGGUACAGAUAUCCGCUGUGGUGUGAUUGGAGAGAUCGGUACAAGCUGGCCAAUCACAGAGAGUGAGAAGAAGGUUCUGCGAGCCACUGCUCACGCUCAAACUCAGCUCGGCUGCCCGGUUAUCAUCCACCCCGGACGGAACAAAGCCGCUCCUGGGGAGGCCAUCCGCAUUCUGCAAGAAGCAGGUGGAGAUAUCUCAAAAACAGUCAUGUCUCAUCUUGACAGGAGCAUAUUUGAUCCGCGAGAAUUGCUGGAGUUUGCAAAAAUGGGGAGCUACCUUGAAUAUGACCUCUUUGGCACAGAGGUGCUGAAUUACCAGUUCAACCUUGAUGUUGACAUGCUCAGUGACAGCCAAAGAGUUCAGACCUUGGCUUUCCUGAUCAGAGAAGGUUAUGAAGACAGAAUCCUCGUUGCCCAUGAUAUUCACACCAAGCACCGACUGACCAAGUACGGCGGUCAUGGCUUCUCCCACAUCCUGAAGAAUAUUGUUCCCAAAAUGCUGUCUCGAGGUAUCACUCAGAACCAGGUGGACAAAAUACUGAUAGAGAAUCCUAAACAAUGGCUGACAUUUAAAUAAACCAACUGCCUUAAAAAUCGAUUUCCUUCAUGAAAUUAACAUACCAAAAAUUGAUUUCUAAUUUUUAUUGUUAGGAACAUUGUUGUACUGUUGAUUUUGGUGCUAAAAUCCUUACUUUGGUGAGCGUUAAUUCAUGUGCACUGUUAAAAAUAAAGGUUUCAUAAGAGGGUUUUUAUAGAAACACAAUAGAAGAGAACCAAAGAACCUUUCAAUUAACAAUUUUUAAAAGAACCCUUUCUGUUUAGUGUGAAGAAUAUUUUAAUAAUCUAAGAUCCUUUUUGUGAAGUGGAAUGGUUUCUUCAUGGAACCAUUGAUGCCAAGAAAAAACCUUUAUGUAAGAUGGCAAAGUUGAGACCCAUGGCUCACAUGUUAAGUUUAACACUAACUAGAAUAUUCAAAUCAAAUAUUCACCAGUCUUCAAUGAUCAAAGUUCUCUCACCACAAUAAAAGUGGGUAAAAUAAAUACAUGGCUCUGAGUCAUGGAAAAUAGGUGCUUUUUACUUAAAUUGGAUGAACUAACGAAAGAAAAUAUUAUUAAUUAGACUAAUAAUUAAACUCAGGGAAUCAUAAUUAAGCCAUAGAUAAUGGAAACAUGUGGAGCAGUACUAGUGUAUUCAAAGGUCUGAUGAAAUAUAUCCUGACUACAUUACUUACUAAUUAGCCCAUGCAAAAUAUCUUUUAAUCAAUCACACAUUCUAAUAGUUUGCAAAAUGUUCUUUCUGAUAUUGUGUAGCUGCAAACAUCUCAACCAGUUAAUAAUGCUGAACAUACAGUUGCCCCUUGACAAUGACUGACUAUUAGAACUAAGGUGAUUGAAUGUGACCGUAUGCCUAAAGUAAGACUGCAAGCUGUACACGUUUGUUCUUUGGCAAGCCUGAUGUUUCACAGCACAUCUGAUAAUUUGAAGGCAUGCGUUCUGACAGGUCAUUGGGUAGGACAGAGAGAUGAGUUUCUCUGGAGCAGGUGGCCGCUCACAGUGACUCCUCUAGUAAAAUAAUGACACUGUCAGGUGCUCUGUUCCCGUGUAACAGCAAGGUAAUAUAAAAAAAACA